GCGCAGAUGGACAUUUAUAUUUACCAAGAUGGCGACCGACGUUUGAUUUGAAUUUAUUCGUUGGCUUGUGCUUGUGAACGAUGCUCUGAGAAGUUUGUAGAAGUGAGGAUCGACCUUGUAAUAUCUUGAAAAGGAUCCCGCGAUCUGUGCCUUUAUAUGGUGUUUAAAUAACGUUUUCUUAGAGAGAGACAGAUAGAGCACAAUGGAUAAUUAUAUCAAAAUAGAGAAAAUCGGAGAAGGUACUUAUGGAGUAGUGUAUAAAGGAAAACACAAGAAGACUGGAGAAAUUGUAGCCAUGAAGAAGAUUCGUUUAGAAAGCGACGAUGAAGGAAUACCAUCGACUGCUAUUAGAGAAAUUUCAUUGCUCAAAGAAUUAACUCAUCCAAACAUUGUGAGCUUAGUUGAUGUAUUAAUGGAAGAGUCAAGACUGUAUCUUAUUUUUGAGUAUCUAACCAUGGAUCUGAAAAAAUAUAUGGAUAGUUUAGGCAGUAAACUGUUGGAACCAGUUGUAGUUAAAUCAUACUUAUAUCAGAUCACAUGUGCAAUUCUGUUUUGUCACAAGCGUAGAAUAUUCCAUCGUGAUUUGAAGCCACAGAAUUUGCUGAUUAACAAGAAUGGAAUUAUCAAGGUAGCUGAUUUUGGUCUAGGAAGGGCCUUUGGAAUUCCAGUUAGAAUAUAUACGCAUGAAGUUGUAACUCUGUGGUAUAGAGCGCCCGAAAUUCUUCUUGGUGCUACUAGAUAUUCAUGUGCGAUUGACAUGUGGAGUAUUGGAUGUAUUUUUGCAGAGAUGGCAACUAAGAAGCCAUUGUUUCAAGGAGACAGUGAGAUUGAUCAACUCUUCAGAAUAUUCCGAAUACUGAGAACACCUACAGAAGAGAUAUGGCCAGGCGUUACACAAUUGUCAGAUUACAAAGCGACAUUUCCAAAUUGGAUGACAAAUAAUUUGGAGUCGCAAGUAACAUUGGAUGAGGAUGGGCUGGAUCUGUUGCAAGCUAUGCUCACGUACGAUCCUGUAUACAGAAUAUCCGCACGAGCUGCGUUGCAGCAUGCCUACUUCAAUGACUUGGAUACACGCAAAAUACCCGCUGCAUAACAUGGGAAACCUGUAUUGAAAAAAAAAAACAAUCCUCAUUUAUAUAUAUUUACAAUUAAUACAAUGCAUGUGUACAAUUAUAUUUACGUUUUUAAUCGUGUGACUAAGUGAAGAGUGUCUCUUUUAAGGUGUACUAAAAGUUAAUUUAUUUGAGAUUAAAUAUCCUUCACUCUGUUUAA